GAACUUUAGACUGCGAUUCAGUUCCAAAUCGUGGGCAAAGGGAAGAGCUACAACAUGGGAAACUCAACCCUCUGUUUUCUGAUUUCAUUUGCCCUGCUAGCUUACUACAUCUACACGCCCCUUCCUGACAAUAUUGAAGAAACCUGGAAACUAACAGUCAUUUGUAAUAGUUUUAAGAUUAUGCAUUAUCUGGCUACAUCAACUGAAAUGCUGGGGCUUGCCCACUAUAUGGAUGUUAUUUAUACAAUCACAAAUCAAGGAAACGUGGGACCAAUAUCAGAUGAAAAUGUCACUGUGACAGAUACGACAUUUAAUGGCAUCCCAGUUCGUUUAUAUGUGCCAAAGAGGAAAUCUGAUAAGCUGAAAAGGGGAGUGUUCCACAUUCAUGGUGGUGGUUGGUGUGUAGGAGAUAAAGCCAUGAACGACUAUGAUUUGUUCUCAAGGUGGACAGCGAACCGACUCGAUGCUGUCGUUGUUUCAACCAAUUAUAGGUUAGCACCUAAAUACCAUUUUCCAGUUCAGUUUGAAGAUGUUUAUACGGCUGUGAGGUGGUUUUUACAACGUCAAAUUCUUGAAAAGUACGGAGUGGAUCCGAGCCGGAUUUGCAUUUCCGGAGACAGUGCUGGAGGGAAUUUAGCUGCUGCUGUGAACCAGCAACUGCUAGAUGACCCAGAUGUCAAGAUUAAAAUCAAGAUACAGUCUUUACUUUACCCCGCGCUUCAGUCCCUUGAUAUGGAUUUACCAUCCUACCGGGAAAAUAAGCAUAUGCUUAUUUUGCAAAAAUCACUCAUGGUCAGAUUCUGGAGUGAAUACUUUACCACAGACAGAGCCCUAGAAGAAGCGAUGAUAUCCAGUCGACACGUACCCGUGGAAUCAAGUCAUUUGUUCAAGUUUGUGAAUUGGAGUGCUUUGCUUCCAGAGAAGUUUAAGAAAGGUCAUGUUUAUGCCAACCCGAUUCCAGGAACUUCUGAUUUAGCAAAGAAAUACCCAGGAUAUCUAGAUGUGAGAGCAGCCCCGCUGUUGACAGCUGACACAAGGUUACGCCGCCUACCCCUCACUUACAUCAUGACUUGUCAGCAUGAUGUCUUAAGGGACGACGGCCUCAUGUAUGUCUCACGACUCAGACAAGCAGGGGUCCAAGUAGUUCAUGAGCACGUUGAAGAUGGAUUCCAUGGAAUUCUGUCUUUCCUCAGUUUCCCAACUGCUUUAAAUGUAGGCCUGCGUGUAGGAAAUGAAUACAUCUCUUGGCUGAAGGAGAAUUUAUAGGAGAAGUCCUGAUUGGGUCAGGCUAAUGAUCCAGCCAUCUCAGGAUUCUGCGUCUGGCUGUGGCAACAGAACACUUGGAGGAAGCUUAUGAUAUUCAUUCUUAAAAUUUGGAUACCAUCCUAUUACCCAUGAAGCAUUAUCUAUCAUUAUUUACCUCUUUUCAAGCAUUCCAGCAUCUCUAACAUUUUCUCUAUCAUCUUUAACCCUCCCUCCAAUGACUCGUUAUGGACAUUAUGGGCCAAAAAUUCAACCGAAUCUUUUUUUGAGCAUAUUGAUAUUUUCACUUAGUUUCCAUUAGUGACAUUUUACAUUUUCCAGACUGUCAUCUCCUUUUAGGCAGAAAAGGCAUCUUCCAACUCCGGUGUAUUGUACUCUCCCAAGCACUUAGUAUAGUGCUCCACACACAGUAAUCACUCAAGUAAAUACCACUGACUGAUUGAUAUAUGGAUUGAUUGAUUUUGCCUGCACAAUAUCUUGGAUUAAUAAAUCUCAUGUCUUUUUGAGCCAAUGA